AUGCAGGUUUGGUUGCUCGCUUCGCUGGUAGUGUUUGCAAAGCUAAUGCUGGCCCGUCAGUCGGACAACGCGCCCAUCGAUAAUCCUUUCCGCGUGGACGAAGAGGAUGCUUACAUGACCGUGCCGCAGUUGGUGUGGAAAUAUGGUUACUACGUCGAAAUCCACGAGGUCCAAACGGAAGACGGUUACUUACUCGACCUCUACCGUAUCCCUGGUCGGCGUACUGCGUCCGGGCAGCAUCCGUUACGACCGUACCGUAACGCUCCGGUGUUCCUGAUGCACUCGCUGCUCAGCAGCUGCGCCGAUUGGGUGCUGAUGGGCCCUGGACGUGGUCUGGCGUACUUGCUCGCCGACCGUGGCUACGACGUGUGGAUGGGUAACGCUCGCGGGACACGUUACUCGCGCAAGCACAUUCACCUCGAUCCGGAUCGAUCAAGCCGGUUCUGGAAGUUUUCCUGGCACGAGAUCGGUACGUAUGAUGUGCCGGCCAUGAUCGACCACGUCCUGGCCACCACCGGCUAUCAGCGCCUGCACUACGUCGGUUUUUCGCAGGGAACGAUGGUGUUUUUCGUGAUGCUCUCGAUGCGCCCGGAGUAUAACGCGAAGGUGAUCGACAUGCAGGCGAUCUCACCGUCCGUUUACAUGUACCGUCUGAAGGGUCGCGUGGUGCGAUCGUUCAUCGCCCUAGCCGAUCAGCUGGUCGCGGGAUUGGCCGAUUCGGGCCGCAACGAGAUCCUUCCCCGCCGAAGCUACUUGAACGCGGUGGCGCAAAUCGGGUGCCAAAAUGCGAACGUGACCUUCUGCCGUGAGCUACUGUACGACGUGGCCGGAAAGAACCCGCCGCAGGUGGACGAUAAAAUGUUGCGCGUCUUUCUGGGCCACUUUCCCGCCGGAGCUUCUCUGCGUCAGCUUCACCACUUUUCGCAGAUCAUUCGCACGGGACGCUUCGCGCAGUACGGCAGCCCUCGGGAACCGCUCUACAACCUGAGCCGCGCUCUUGUCCCGGUGGUAGUGUACUACGGUCUCAACGAUAACGUCAUAAACUUUCGCGAUGCGCUGCAGCUUGCCGACGAGGUUCCGUAUCUGGCCGGUCUGUACCAGAUCGAGGAUCCACUGUUCACCCAUAGCGAUUUCAUACUGGCCAAAAAUGCUGCCAGGCUGCUAAACACCAGAGUUCUGUGGGAGCUCGACCGGUACGACCAAAUGUCCUAG